GCUCUGGUCGAAGGGAGAUCCUGCUGUGCAGCCUGCUGCUGCACAAGAACUGCAGGGGCACUUGGGCUGCCAUCCGUUUGGGGCUCCAGUUCAACUCCUGCCUUCCAGCCGCGACCAUCCCAGCCUACAGGAGAGCAGCAGAUGGCCUCAGCACAGCCACCUCAGGAGCCCGUGAGCUUUGCGGAGGUGGCCGUGCAUUUCAGCAGGGAGGAGUGGGUGCUGCUGGACCCUGCGCAGCGAGCGCUGUACCGGGACGUGAUGCUGGAGACGUACCAGUGCCUGGCCUCGCUGGGUCCACUUCCAGCCCCCAAACCCGCCGUGAUCUCCCUGCUUGAAAGAGGGGGCAACCCCUGCAUCCCAGAUGUGCGCAGCCCUGAGGCGCUGUCAGAACUCAGCCCAGCAGGAGCUGAGAUCACGAAUCUAAAGGAGGGUCUGCAGAAAAGUGGUGUGGCCAAAAGGCGGAGAGGCCGUGGCUCCGUGGGAAGGAUCAGAAAGGAUGUCCAGGGGCGCCUGGAGCAAGCGGGGCGCUUCAAGAAGCCCCUGGGAAAGCAUCCAGGAGAGAGCCCGAGGAAGCCUGUGGAUUUCAGCACAGGUCCAAAGCAGACUGAAGACCUGAGGAGCAAGGAAGCGGGCCAGAAGAAGCUGAACCUGCGUGUGUUGCGUAGGAAAAGCCUUAAAAGGUGUGCCAACCUUGUUAACCGCCAGCGCAAGCGCUCUGGGAAGAGCCAGUACAAGUGCUCUGAUUGUGGAAGGAGCUUCAGAUGGAGAUCCAAAUUCACCCAGCACCGGCGCGUCCACACAGGAGAGAGGCCCUUCCAGUGCCCUGAGUGUGGGAAGAGCUUCCAAAGGACUUUCCAGCUCACAGUGCACCAACGCGUCCACACAGGAGAGAGGCCCUUCCAGUGCUCCGAGUGUGGGAAGAGCUUCAAAAGUCAUUCCGAGCUGAAGUUCCACCAGAGAGUCCACGCGAGAGAGAACCUCUGUCAGUGCUCUGAGUGUGGCAAGGGCUUCAAGAGCAGUUCCAACCUCAGGGUGCACCAGCGCAUCCACACGGGAGAGAGGCCCUACGAGUGUCCUGAGUGCGGCAAGAGCUUCAAAGGGAGUUCCCAGCUCGCUGUGCACCGGCGCAUCCACACCGGAGAGAGACCCUAUGAGUGCUCCGAGUGUGGGAAGAGCUUCAAAAGGAGCUCCCACCUCACCUACCAUCAGCGCGUUCACACCGGAGAGAGACCCUUUAAGUGUCCCGAGUGUGGCAAGGGCUUCAAAACCAGUUCCAACCUCGCCAUACACCAGCGCAUCCACACAGGGGUGAAGCCCUUUAAGUGCUCCGAGUGUGGGAAGGGCUUCAAAAGCAUUUCUGAAUUGAAGCAGCACCGGGGCGUCCACAAAGGAGAGGAAUCCUUGAAGUGUCUCGAGUGCGGGGAGAGCUUCAAAAGCAGUUUCGACUUCAGGGUGCACCAGCGCACCCACAUCGCAGACAGGCCCUUUAAGUGCUCCGAGUGUGGCAAGAGCUUCAGAAGGAAUUCCCAGCUCACUUUCCAUCGGCGCAUUCACACCACAGAGAGACCCUUUAAAUGCUCUGAGUGUGGCAAGAGCUUCAAGAGCGGUUCCGACCUCAGAGUGCACCAGCGCAUCCACACGGGGGUGAGACCCUUCAAGUGCUCCGAGUGUGGGAAGAGCUUCAAAAGGAGUUCCUACCUCACCUACCAUCAGCGCAUCCACACCGGAGAGAGACCCUUCAAAUGCUCUGAGUGUGGGAAGAGCUUCAGGAGGAAUUCCUACCUCACCUACCAUCAGCGCGUUCACACCGGAGAGAGACCCUUUAAGUGUCCCGAGUGUGGCAAGGGCUUCAAAAGCAGUUCCAACCUCGCCAUACACCAGCGCAUCCACACGAGGGUGAAGCCCUUUAAGUGCUCCGAGUGUGGGAAGGGCUUCAAAAGCAUUUCUGCGUUGAAGCGCCACCGGGGCGUCCACAAAGGAGAGGAAUCCUUGAAGUGUCUCGAGUGCGGGGAGAGCUUCAAGAGCAGUUCUAAUUUCAGCUGCCACGCAUGCGUCCACGAAGCAGGCAGACUGUAGAAGCGCCCCAGUUUUGUGAGAACCAUCCAGCCUCGUUAGCUGUCUGCACAGGACGCAGAGCCUGCAGCACUCCAGGCUCUCCAGAGCUCCCCAGCCUUCAAAUCAGAGUAGGGCCUUUGAUUUCAGACACUCUAUCUCUCUCUCUCUCUCUCUCUCAUUUUAUUUAAUUGCUCUCAAUUCCUAUUGUAUUGUGUUGUAUUCUGUUAUCUAGCAAUCCGAUAUCAAAUUAAGUUUCCUCCUUAGAUCGUUGGCGCUGUUCUGUUUUUUAUGGGCCCAGCUCCCUUCUCCCAACCUUCCCCCUUCUCCCUUCCCCUUUUUUUGGGCUGGUAAGCCUUCCGUGACGGGGGGACAUCAGGCCACAGCGGAGGGAAGGGAAGGGGAGUGGAGGGGAGGGGAGAGGAGGGAAGGCAAGGCAAGGCAAGGCAAGGGUGUCAGCCGUUUACAGGCUGCUUCAGCCUGGGGAUCUACGGAUCUUCACCCUGGGAAAAGGGAGGGGAAAAGGGGGAAGGGACCUAAAAACAGAACAGCGGCAACGAUCUGAGGAGGAGAGUUAAUUUACUGCAUGAGAUAUUGGGAUGCAAGACAACACACUGCAAUACAAUAUACAAUUGGAACUGAGGCUUAUAAAUAAAAUGAGGACGCAAACCGACGCAUGGCCAGGCAGCAAGAGACAGAGAGAGGAAGAGUGCUGUGACUUGCUGUCAUGGUUUUGUGACUCUUGGCUUUCGGCAUUCCACAUCACAACAUCAUGUGGGGCACUGGGAGUUGAGCUGUUAGUGCUCAAGCCCUGGGUACCUGCCCAGAAGAGAAGGAGAGCUGCAUUCCCCAGGGGGCUUGGCGGUCAGGGAGAGGAGGUUUGACUGCUGGCAAGGUCUCCUGAUGCUCCUUUUUGCCUCCCCUUCGCUGCUCCCAUCUCCCCGCGGCUCAGCUGCACUGCGCCUCUCACCUCAGCCUUGUGCUGAGGCUGGUCCACCUUGCAGACAUUCUCUCAUUAUACCUGAUUUAUUAGCUUCAAUUCUGAUUAUAUUGUAUUACAGUGUGUUUCUCCUCAGAUCAUUGCCGCCGCUGUUUUCAAUUAUUUUGGUGUCCCUGUUUCCCUUUUUUUUCGGAGGCGCAGAUCCAUGGAUCCCUCUGCCCCGCUGGUCACAGAACCGGGCCGGAGCAGCCUGUAAACCGCUGACAUUCUUGGUGGAGAAUGCAGGCAGCGAGUUGCUUUGUAGCUUUUUAGAACAAAUCUCUGCUCUCAGAGAGCUUCAUCGGGAAAGUUUAUCUUUUUCACUGGUGCUUACUGAAAACUUGACCUUGAAAGUCCAGGCAGACUGCCAAUGUUCCAGCGUUCCUAUGAUAAUUGUAAACUUGGAGCACUGCCAUCUUGCUUCUGUAAAGAGAGGAAAAAAAUGAUCCUGCUUUCUCUUCUAAUCCUGCUUGCAGAGGGAGCUGCUAAUUUUGCAUAACUUGUGAUUUUUAAGCAGGCUCCCAGUCUCUCCUUUGAAUCCUUUAUGCAGUUUUCGAAUGCUCACCUGAUGGCGUUGUUAAUCUCCCUGAAUUUACUGUUCAUCAUUGCAGUCGGUUUUGUAUUUAUUGUAUUUUGAGGAAGCCUUCCCCAGAACCAGGGAAUUCUGAGUGGCAGGGGGUGUGGAGAGGCUUGGGAGAGACUUUAGAGAGAUGGACAUCUUCGGUGCCAUGGAACUUUACUCCUGAACACCUGAAAGACCCUGAGAGCUUAAACAUUUAUUUGAGACAGGAACGUUGCGGCUCAGGCAGAUCUGAGGAGUCACAAAUGAUUUGGGGCCUGGCUAAUGCUGAUCGGGCCUUAUUCAAUAGUAUCCCAAAAAGGGAGGGAGCUUGUGAAAUUGAGAGAGAGCGUCUGAGAGCUGAGAGGGAGAAUCUCCAGGCUGAGCGAGAGUCUCCUGGUUGAGAGAAAAGGCCUCCAAUCUGAGAGGGAUGUCCUCAACUCCGAGAGAGAUGCCCUCCAAAGCGAGAGAGACUCCCUGCAAUCCCAGAGAGUCUCCUAGUCGAGAAACAGAGUCUCCAAAUCCAAAGGGAGAGUCUCCAAGGCGAGACAGAGAAUCUCCGGGUUGAGAAAGAGUCUCCUAGCCAGGAGAGAGAAGCUCAAAACAUGGCAGGAGUGUCUCUGAGCUGAGAAAGAAAGUCUCCGAGUCAAAGGGGAGAAUCUCCGAGCUGAGAAAAGGAAUCUCCAAUCUCGACAAGAUGCCUUCGAAUAUGGGUGAGACUCCCUUCAGUCCAAACUUGAUGCCCUCCAAACUGAACUAAAUACUCUCAUAGUCGAACAAGACAGACUCCACAUGGAGCUGGACGGUGAGAGCAUCGGAACUGGCCAGCCUGACCAAAACCACAGGAGGCACCACCAUUGAUGUCAGUCGCCCCUGUAAGAGGAUGGAAAACGAAACGGAUCUCGACUCAGAAGAGAAGAAAGAGGAGGAAAGAGGUGGCCAAUGCUCUGUCUUUACACUGACUCAUGGAUGGUACCAAAU